AUGACCCCGCCCCAUUCUCCCGUUUUCCAUCACCCCUCCCCAUUCUCCCUCUUUCUAUCACCCCGCCCCAUUCUCCCUCUUUCCAUCACCCUUCCCCAUUCUCCCGCUUUCUAUCACCCCGCCCCAUUCUCCCGCUUUCCAUCAUCCCCCUCCAUUCUCCCCCUUUCCAUCACCCCGCCCAAUUCUCCCUCUUUCCAUCAACCCUCCCCAUUCUCCCUCUUUCCAUCACCCCGCCCCAUUCUCCCGCUUUCCAUCACCCCGCCCCAUUCUCCCUCUUUCCAUCACCUCGCCCCAUUCUCCCGCUUUCCAUCACCCCGCCCCAUUCUCGCUCUUUCUAUCACCCCUCACUAUUCUCCUGCUUUCCAUCACCCCGCCCAAUUCUCCCUCUUUCUAUCACCCCUCCCCAUUCUCCCUUUUUCUAUCACCCCGCCCCAUUCUCCCGCUUUCCAUCACCCCGCCCCGUUCUCCCUCUUCUCAUCACCCCGCCCCAUUCUCCCUCUUUCCAUCACCCCGCCCCAUUCUCCUGCUUUCCAUCACCCCGCCCCAUUCUCCCUCUUUCCAUCACCCCGCCCCAAUCUCCCGCUUUCCAUCACCUCGCCCCAUUCUCCCUCUUUCCAUCACCCCGCCCCAUUCUCCCUCUUUCCAUCACCCCGCCCCAUUCUCCCGCCUUCCAUCACCCCGCCCCAUUCUCCCUCUUUCCAUCACACCGCUCCAUUCUCCCGCUUUCCAUCACCCCGCCCCAUUCUCCCGCUUUCCAUCACCCCGCCCCAUUCUCCCUCUUUCCAUCACCCCGCCCCGUUCUCCCGCUUUCCAUCACCCUGCCCCAUUCUCCCUCUUUCCAUCACCCCGCCCCAUUCUCCCACUUUCCAUCACCCCGCCCCAUUCUCACACUUUCCAUCACCCCGCUCUAUUCUGCCGCUUUCCAUCACCCCGCCCAAUUCUCCCUCUUUCUAUCACCACUCCCCAUUCUCCCUCUUUCCAUCACCCUGCCCCAUUCUCCCGCUUUCCAUCACCCCGCCCCAUUCUCCCGCUUUCCAUCACCCCGCCCCAUUCUCCCGCUUUCCAUCACCCCGCCCCAUUCUCCCGCUUUCCAUCACCCCGCCCCAUUCUCUCGCUUUCCAUCAACCCGCCCCUUUCUCCCUCUUUCCAUCACCCUGCCCCGUUCUCCCGCUUUCCAUCACCCCGCCCCGUUCUCCUGCUUUCCAUCACCCCGCCCCAUUCUCCCCCUUUCCAUCACCUUGCCACAUUCUCCCGCUUUCCAUCACCCCGCCCCAUUCUCCCUCUUUCCAUCACCCAGCCCCGUUCUCCCGCUUUCCAUCACCCCGCCCCGUUCUCCCGCUUUCCAUCACCCCGCCCCAUUCUCCCCCUUUCCAUCACCUUGCCACAUUCUCCCGCUUUCCAUCAACCCGCCACAUUCUCCCUCUUUCCAUCACCCCGCCCCGUUCUCCCGCUUUCCAUCACCCCGCCCCGUUCUCCCGCUUUCCAUCACCCCGCCCCGUUCUCCCGCUUUCCAUCACCCCGCCCCGUUCUCCCGCUUUCCAUCACCCCGCCCCAUUCUCCCCCUUUCCAUCACCCCGCCUCAUUCUCCCGCUUUCCAUCACCCCGCCCAAUUCUCCCGAUAACCAUCACCCCUCCCCAUUCUCCCGCUUUCCAUCAUCCCGCCCCAUUCUCCCUCUUUCCAUCAGCCCGCCCCAUUCUCCCUCUAUCCAUCACCCCGCCCCAUUCUCCCGCUUUCCAUCACCCCGCCCCAUUCUCCCUCUUCCCAUCACCCUGCCCCAUUCUUCCUCUAUCCACCACCCCGCUCUAUUCUCCCGCUUUCCAUCACCCGGUCCCAUUCUCCCGCUUUCCAUCACCCCGCCCCAUUCUUUUGCUUUCCAUCACCCCACCCCAUCCUCCCUCUUUCCAUCACCCCGCCCCAUUCUCCCUAUUUCCAUCACCCCGCCCCGUUCCCCUGCUUUCCAUCAACCCGCCCAAUUCUCCUGCUUUCCAUCAUCCCGCCCCAUUCUCCCGCUUUCCAUCACCCUGCCCCAUUCUUCCUCUUUCCAUCACCCCGCUCCAUUCUCCCGAUUUCCAUCACCCCGCCCAUUCUCCCACUUUCAAUCACCCCGCCCCAUUCUCCCUCUUUCCAUCACCCCGCCCCAUUCUCCCUCUUUCCAUCACCCCGCCCCACUCUCCCGCCUUCCAUCACCCCGCCCCAUUCUCCCACUUUCCAUCACCCCGCGCCAUUUUCCCUCUUUCCAUCACCCCGCCCCAUUCUCCCGCUUUCCAUCACCCCGCCCUAUUCUCUCGCUUUCCAUCAUCCCGCUCCAUUGUCCCGCUUUCCAUGACCCCGCCCAAUUCUCCCUCUUUCCAUCACCCCUCCCCAUUCUCCCUUUUUCCAUCACCUCGCCCCAUUCUCCCGCUUUCCAUCACACCGCCCCAUUCUCCCUCUUUCCAUCACCCCGCCCCACUCUCCCGCCUUCCAUCACCCCGCCCAAUUCUCCCUCUUUCCAUCACCCCGCCCCAUUCUCCCUCUUUCCAUCACCCCGCCCCAUUCUCCCGCUUUCCAUCACCCCGCCCCAUUCUCCCUCUUUCCAUCAUCCCGCCCCAUUCUCCCUCUUUCCAUCACCCCGCCCCAUUCUCCCGCUUUCCAUCAGCCCGCGCCAUUUUCACUCUUUCCAUCACCCCGCCCCAUUCUCCCGCUUUCCAUCACCCCGCCCCAUUCUCUCGCUUUCCAUCAUCCCGCUCCAUUGUCCCGCUUUCCAUCACCCCGCCCAAUUCUCCCUCUUUCCAUCACCCCUCCCCAUUCUCCCUUUUUCCAUCACCCCGCCCCAUUCUCCCGCUUUCCAUCACCCCGCGCCAUUUUCCCUCUUUCCAUCACCCCGCCCAAUUCUCCCGCUUUCCAUCACCCCGCCCCAUUCUCCCGCUUUCCAUCAUCCCGCUCCAUUGUCCCCCUUUCCAUCACCCCGCCCAAUUCUCCCUCUUUCCAUCACCCCUCCCCAUCCUCCCUUUUUCCAUCACCCCGCCCCAUUCUCCCGCUUUCCAUCACCCCGCCCCAUUCUCCCUCUUUCCAUCACCCCGCCCCACUCUCCCGCCUUCCAUCAACCCGCCCAAUUCUCCCUCUUUCCAUCACCCCGCCCCAUUCUCCCUCUUUCCAUCACCCCGCCCCAUUCUCCCGCUUUCCAUCACUCCGCCCCAUUCUCCUUCUUUCCAUCACCCCGCCCCAUUCUCCCUCUUUCCAUCAACCCGCCCCAUUCUCCCGCUUUCCAUCACCCCGCGCCAUUUUCCGCCUUUCCAUCACCCCGCCCCAUUCUCCCGCUUUCCAUCACCCCGCCCCAUUCUCUCGCUUUCCAUCAUCCCUCUCCAUUGUCCCGCUUUCUAUCACCCCGCCCAAUUCUCACUCUUUCCAUCACCCCUCCCCAUUCUCCCUUUUUCCAUCUCCCGCCCCAUUCUCCUGCUUUCCAUCACCCCGCCCCAUUCUCCCUCUUUCCAUCACCCCGCCCCAUUCUCCCUCUUUCCAUCACCCCGCCCCAUUCUCCCGCUUUCCAUCACCCCGCCCCAUUCUACCGCUUUCCGUCACCCCACCCCAUUCUCCCUCUGUCCAUCACCCCGCCCCAUUCUCCCUCUUUCCAUCACCCCGCCCCAUUCUCCCGCUUUCUAUCACCCCACCCCAUUCUCCCUCUUUCCAUCACCCCGUCCCAUUCUCCCUCUUUCCAUCACCUUGCCCCAUUCUCCCGCUUUCCAUCACCCCGCACCAUGUUCCCUCCUUCCAUCACCCCACCCCAUUCUCCCACUUUCCAUCACCCUGCCCCAUUCUCCCUCUAUCCAUCACUCCGCCCGAUUCUCCCGCUUUCCAUCACCCGGUCCCAUUCUCCCGCUUUCCAUCACCCCGCCCCAUUCUCCCUCUUUCCAUCACCCCGCCCCAUUCUCCCGCUUUCCAUGACCCCGCCCCAUUCUCCCGUUUUCCAUCACCCCGCUCCAUCCUCCUGCUUUCCAUCACCCCGCCCAAUUCUCCCUCUUUCUAUCACGCCUCCCCAUUCUCCCUCUUUCCAUCAGCCCGCCCCAUUCUCCCGCUUUCCAUCACCCCGCCCCAUUCUCCCUCUAUCCAUCACCCCGCCCUAUUCUACCACUUUCCAUCACCCCGCCCCAUUCUCCCGCUUUCCAUCACCCCGCUCCAUUCUCCCGCUUUCCAUCACCCCACCCAAUUCUCCCGAUUUGCAUCACCCCGCCCCAUUCUCCCGCUUUCCAUCACCCCACCCCAUUCUCCCUCUUUCCAUCACCUUGCCCCAUGCUCCCGCUUUCCAUCACCCCGCCCCAUUCUCCCUCUUUCAAUCAGCCUGCCCCAUUCUCCCGCUUUCCAUCACCCCGCCCCAUUCUCCCUCUUUCCAUCACCCCGCCCCAUUCUCCCUCUUUCCAUCAUCCCGCCCCAUUCUCCCGCUUUCCAUCACCCCGCCCAAUUCUCCCUCUAUCCAUCACCCCGCCCCAUUCUACCACUAUCCAUCACCCCGCCCCAUUCUCCCGCUUUCCAUCACCCCGCCCCAUUCUCCCGCUUUCUAUCACCCCGCUCCAUUCUCCCGCUUUCCAUCACCCCGCCCAAUUCUCCCUCUUUCCAUCAACCCUCCCUAUUCUCCCACUUUCCAUCACCCCGCCCCAUUCUCCCGCUUUCCAUCACCCCGCCCCAUUCUCCCGCUUUCCAUCACCCCGCCCCAUUCUCCCGCUUUCCAUCACCCCGCCCCAUUCUCCCGCUUUCCAUCACCCCGCCCCAUUCUCCCGCUUUCCAUCACCCCGCCCCAUUCUCCCUCUUUCCAUCACCCCGCCUCGUUCUCCCACUUUCCAUCACCCCGCCCCAUUUGCAUCACCCCGCCCCAUUCUCCCGCCUUCCAUCAACCCGCCCCAUUCUCCCUCUUUCCAUCACCCCGCCCCAUUCUCCCGCUUUCCAUCACCCCGCCCCAUUCUCCCUCUUUCCAUCACACCGCCCCAUUCUCCCGCUUUCCAUCACACCACCCCAUUCUCCCGCUUUCCAUCACCUCCCUCCAUUUUCCCUCUUUCAAUUAUCCCGCCCCAUUCUCCCGCUUUCCAUCACCCCGCCCCAUUCUCCCUCCUUCCAUCACCCCGCCCCAUUCUUCCGCUUCCCAUCAUCACGCCCCAUUCCCCCACUUUCCAUCACCCCUCCCCAUUCUCCCUCCUUCCAUCACCCCGCCCCAUUCUCUCGCUUUCCAUCACCCCGCCCCAUUCUCCCGCUUUCCAUCACCCCGCCGCAUUUUCCCGCUUUCCAUCACUCCGCCCCAUUAUCCCUCUUUCCAUCACCCCGCCCCAUUCUCCCUCCUUCCAUCACCCCGCCCCAUUCUCCCGCUUUCCAUCACCCCGCCUCAUUCUCCCGCUUCCCAUAACCCCACCCCAUUCUCCCGCUUUCCAUCACCCGCCACAUUCUCCCACUUUCCAUCACCCCGCCCCCUUCUCUCUCCUUCCAUCACCCCGCCCCAUUCUCCCUCCUUCCAUCACCCCGCCCCAUUCUCCCGCUUUCCAUCAGCCCGCCCCAUUCCCCCACUUUCCAUCACCCCUCCCCUUUCUCCCGCUUUCCAUCACCCCGCCCCAUUCUUCCGCUUCCCAUCAUCUCGCCCCAUUUCCCCGCUUUCCAUCACCCCUCCCCAUUCUCCCUCCUUCCAUCACCCCGCCCCAUUCUCCCGCUUUCCAUCACCCCGCCCCAUUCUCCCGCUUUCCAUCACCCCACCCCAUUCUCCCUCCUUCCAUCACCCCGCCCCAUUCUCCCUCCUUCCAUCACCCCGCCCCAUUCUCCCGCUUUCCAUCACCCCGCCCCAUUCUCCCUCCUUCCAUCCCCCCGCCCCAUUCUCCCUCCUUCAAUCACCCCGCCCCAUUCUCCCGCUUUCCAUCACCCCGCCCCAUUCUCCCGCUUCCCAUAACCCCACCCCAUUCUCCCGCUUUCCAUCACCCCGCCACAUUCUCCCGCUUUCUAUCACCCCGCCCCAUUCUCCCUCCUUCCAUAACCCCGCCCCAUUCUCCCGCUUUCCAUCACCCCGCCCCAUUCUCCCGAUUUCCAUCACCCCGCCCCAUUCUCCCGCUUUCCAUCACCCCGCCCCAUUCUCCCGCUUUCCAUCACCCCGCCCCAUUCUCCCGCUUUCAAUCAUCCCGCCCCAUUCUCCCUCCUUCCAUCACCCCGCCCCAUUCUUCCGCUUCCCAUCAUCCCGCCCCAUUCCCCCACUUUCCAUCACCCCUCCCAAUCCUCCCUCCUUCCAUCACCCCGCCCCAUUCUCUCGCUUUCCAUCACCCCGCCCCAUUCUCCCCCCCAUUCUCCCUCCUUCCAUCACGCCACCCCAUUCUCCCGCUUUCCAUCACCCCACCCCAUUCUCCCGCUUUCCAUCACCCCGCCCCAUUCUUCCGCUUCCCAUCAUCUCGCCCCAUUCCCCCGCUUUCCAUCACCCCUCCCCAUUCUCCCUCCUUCCAUCACCCCGCCCCAUUCUCUCGCUUUCCAUCACCCCGCCCCAUUCUCCUGCUUUCCAUCACGCCGCCCCAUUCUCCCGCUUUCCAUCACCCCGCCCCAUUCUCCCGCUUUCCAUCACCCCGCCCCAUUCUCCCUCCUUCCAUCACCCCGCCCCAUUCUUCCGCUUCCCAUCAUCCCGCCCCAUUCCCCCGCUUUCCAUCACCCCUCCCCAUUCUCCCUCCUUCCAUCACCCCGCCCCAUUCUCUCGCUUUCCAUCACCCCGCCCCAUUCUCCCGCUUUCCAUCACCCCGCCCCAUUCUCCCGCUUUCAAUCACCCCGCCCCAUUCUUCCUCCUUCCAUCACCCCGCCCCAUUCCCCCGCUUUCCAUCACCCCGCCCCAUUCUCCCGCUUCCCACAACCCCACCCCAUUCUCCCGCUUUCCAUCACCCCGCCACAUUCUCCCACUUUCCAUCACCCCGCCCCCUUCUCCCUCCUUCCAUCACCCCGCCCCAUUCUCCCGCUUUCCAUCAGCCCGCCCCACUCUCCCGCUUUCCAUCACCCCUCCCUUUUCUCCCGCUUUCCAUCUCCCCGCCCCAUUCUCCCGCUUCCCAUCACCCCACCCCAUUCUCCCGCUUUCCAUCACCCCGCCCCAUUCUUCCGCUUCCCAUCAUCCCGCCCCAUUCCCCCGCUUUCCAUCACCCCUCCCCAUUCUCCCUCCUUCCAUCACCCCGCCCCAUUCUCUCGCUUUCCAUCACCCCGCCCCAUUCUCCCGCUUUCCAUCACCCCGCCCCAUUCUCCCGCUUUCCAUCACACCGCCCCAUUCUUCCUCCUUCCAUCACCACACCCCAUUCCCCCGCUUUCCAUCACCCCGCUCCAUUCUCCCUCCUUCCAUCACCCCACCCCAUUCUUCCUCAUUCCAUCACCCCGCCCCAUUCUCCCGCUUUCCAUCACCCCGCCCCAUUCUCCCGCUUCCCAUAACCCCACCCCAUUCUCCUGCUUUCCAUCACCACGCCACAUUUUCCCACUUUCCAUCACCCCGCCCCCUUCUCUCUCCUUCCAUCACCCCGCCCCAUUCUCCCUCCUUCCAUCACCCCGCCCCAUUCUCCCGCUUUCCAUCAGCCCGCCCCAUUCUCCCGCUUUCCAUCACCCCGCCCCUUUCUCCCGCUUUCCAUCACCCCGCCCCAUUCUCCCGCUUUCCAUCACCCCGCCCCAUUCUCCCGCUUUCCAUCACCCCGCCCCAUUCUCCCACUUUCCAUCACUCCGCCCCAUUCUCCCGCUUUCCAUCACCCCGACCCAUUCUCCCACUUUCCAUCACCCCGCCCCAUUCUCCCUCCUUCCAUCACCCCGCCUCAUUCUCCCUCCUUCCAUCACCCCGCCCCAUUCUCCCGCUUUCCAUCACCCCGCCCCAUUGUCCCGCUUUCCAUCACUUAGCCCCAUUCUCCCGCUUUCCAUCAUCCCGCCCCAUUUUUUCGCUUUCCAUCACCCCGCCCCAUUCUCCCGCUUUCCAUCACCCUGCCCCAAUCUCCCGCUUUCCAUCACCCCGCCCCAUUCUCCCUCCUUCCAUCACCCCGCCCCAUUCCCCCGCUUUCCAUCACCCUGCCCCAAUCUCCCGCUUUCCAUCACCCCGCCCCAUUCUCCCGCUUUCCAUCACCCCGCCCCAAUCUCCCUCCUUCCAUCACCCCGCCCCAUUCUCCCGCUUUCCAUCACCCCGCCCCAUUCUCCCUCCUUCCAUCACCUCGCCCCAUUCUCCCUCCUUCCAUCACCCCGCCCCAUUCUCCCGCUUUCCAUCACCCCGCCCUGUUCUCCCGCUCCCCAUAACCCCACCCCAUUCUCCCGCUUUCCAUCACCCCGCCCCAUUCCCCCGCUUUCCAUCACCCCUCCCCAUUCUUCCUUCUUCCAUCACCUCGCCCCAUUCUCUCGCUUUCCAUCACCCCGCCCCAUUCUCCCGCUUUCCAUCACCCCGCCCCAUUCUCCCACUUUCCAUCACCCCGCCCCAUUCUUCCUCCUUUCAUCACCCCGCCCCAUUCUCCCGCUUUCCAUCACCCCGCCCCAUUCUCCCUCCUUCCAUCACCCCGCCCCAUUCUCCCUCAUUCCAUCACCCCGCUCCAUUCUCCCGCUUUCCAUCACCCCACCCCAUUCUCCCGCUUUCCAUCACCCCGCCACAUUUUCCCACUUUCCAUCACCCCGCCCCCUUCUUUCUCCUUCCAUCACCCCGCCCCAUUCUCCCUCCUUCCAUCACCCCGCCCCAUUCUCCCGCUUUCCAUCAGCCCGCCCCAUUCUCCCGCUCCCCAUUCUCCCGCUUUCCAUCACCGCGCCCCAUUUUUCCGCUUUCCAUCACCCCGCCCCAUUCUCCCGCUUUCCAUCACCCUGCCCCAAUCUCCCGCUUUCCAUCACCCCGCCCCAUUCUCCCUCCUUCCAUCACCCCGCCCCAUUCUCUCGCUUUCCAUCACCCCGCCCCAUUCUCCCGCUUUCCAUCACCCAGCCCCAUUCUCCCGCUUUCCAUCACCCCGCCCCAUUCUCCCGCUUUCCAUCACCCCGCCCCAUUCUCCCGCUUUCCAUCACCCUGCCCCAAUCUCCCGCUUUCCAUCACCCCGCCCCAUUCUCCCUCCUUCCAUCACCCCGCCCCAUUCCCCCGCUUUCCAUCACCCUGCCCCAAUCUCCUGCUUUCCAUCACCCCGCCCCAUUCUCCCGCUUUCCAUCACCCCGCCCCAUUCUCCCUCCUUCCAUCACCCCGCCCCAUUCUCCCGCUUUCCAUCACCCCGCCCCAUUCUCCCUCCUUCCAUCACCUCGCCCCAUUCUCCCUCCUUCCAUCACCUCGCCCCAUUCUCCCGCUUUCCAUCACCCCGCCCUGUUCUCCCGCUUCCCAUAACCCCACCCCAUUCUCCCGCUUUCCAUCACCCCGCCCCUUUCCCCCGCUUUCCAUCACCCCUCCCCAUUCUUCCUUCUUCCAUCACCUCGCCCCAUUCUCUCGCUUUCCAUCACCCCGCCCCAUUCUCCCGCUUUCCAUCACCCCGCCCCAUUCUCCCACUUUCCAUCACCCCGCCCCAUUCUUCCUCCUUCCAUCACCCCGCCCCAUUCUCCCGCUUUCCAUCACCCCGCCCCAUUCUCCCUCCUUCCAUCACCCCGCCCCAUUCUCCCUCAUUCCAUCACCCCGCUCCAUUCUCCCGCUUUCCAUCAUGGCCAUUGACUUUGCCGUCUGGAUCGAGGAUCUGCAGCUGUACUUACUGUGUGAUGCGGUAGAUGAGGUCUCUCUCUUUGACUUUGUCUCUGGCGCUGUCCCUGCCCCGCCUGCUGAUGCUGACUCUGCCGUUCGCUCCAAGUGGGCGACCCGCGAUGCUGCUGCACGUCUUGCUGUGCGUCGCCACCUCCCUUCCUCUGAGCGUGCCCACUUUAGUCAGUGCAAGACCGCUCAGGCCUUGUACGACGCUGUAGUUGCGCGCUACUCCUCCCCUUCCUCCGCUACCCUUAGCCGCCUCAUGCUACCGUUUCUCUUCCCUGACCUCGCUUCCUUUCCCACUGUCGCUGACCUCGUUACCCACCUCCGCGCUAGUGACACCCGCUACCGCGCUGCCCUUCCUGCUGAGUUCCGCGCUGCGAACCCUCCUCCCAUGUACAUCACUCUCUACUUUCUCGUCACCCGUCUUCCUGAGUCCCUUCGUGUCGUUAGGGACCAGUUUCUCUCUGUCUGUCCCACCACUCUCACUGUCGACCUCCUUGAGGAGUCCCUGCUAGCGGCUGAGAAGAGUAUUGUCGCUGUAGGGGCCUCUCGGGGUGACCCUCGCACCCCCAUCUUUGAGGGGUGUGGUCCCUCCCCCCUGCUGCCCUCUGUCGCCUCUGCCGCUGCGGCCGACCUCGUUGGGAGCGGGUGGAGCCAGAGGGGGCGGGUGGAGGAGGCGGUGGGGGUGGAGGGGGGAGUGGGGGUGGCGGGGGGGGUGGUGGCGGGAGUGGAGGUAGUAGUGGCGGCGGUGGAGGCGGAGGUGGCGGCGGAGGUGGUAGCGGAGGAGGCGGUGGGAGCGGUGGGAGCGACGGUCCUGGUGGGGGAGGUGGCGGUGGCGACGGGGGUGGCGGUGGAGGCGGGGGUGGCGGUGGAGGAGGGGGUCGGAGUGGCUCGUCCCAGCGGAGCAGCUCUGGGGGUGGUCAGCGCCAGCAGCAGCAGCAGCAGCAGCCACAGCAGCAGCCGCAGCAGCAGCAGCGCUCUCGCACCGUAG